GGUUUUGUCGUAUCAUCAUUUCUCUAACAAAGUUUGAAUGUGUACUAUAGUGAUAGUUUGUACUAAGAUCCAAACAUGAGAAGCAAUUUCUAUUUUAUCGUCUUCGUUCUUGUGGAAGCGCACACACAAAAGUAUUUCUACAAAUGGAACGGCCACUAUUUCGAUAUUAUUUAUUCGGACAGACCAAUUGGAAACUUCCAGGAAGUCAAAUCUCCGAAAACCUUCAAGCAAAAACAUGCCGACAGAGGAGAACGACCGGGAAGAUGCGUUCUCGGCGAAUUUCGAUGCACCGAACCGUAUCCAAGGGAAGAAACGUCGCAAUUUGAGUGCACCGCCGAUUACCAAUGUCCGAGAGCUUUUAAAUGUUGCGAAACUAAAUGUUUCGUUCAUAAAAUUUGCCAACCGAGUGUAGAUUACGAAGAAAUACCUCCAGCGGAGCUUCAACAACCAACUACAAAAAUUCCAAGUGCGACAAGUGAAACAAUCGAUGAUAUUAAUAGUAAAACUCCAGAAGAAUCACCACAAGAUGUAACUGGAAUAGCAGAUGAAUUACAAGAAAAAAUUCAUCAUCAAUCAGUAUCAACAGUUUCAGAAAUGAAAUCUACAACAACAGAAACUACAUCGAAAUUGAUGAAUUCCAUAGAUUCAGAACAAACUGAGACUGAAUCUGCUGUUAAUAUAAAUGAAAUAACAGAAGAUACAACAGCUUCAAUAUUAGUUGAAACUGAUAAAGAAACUACUGUCAGUAAUAACAAUAUAACAGAAGAUUUACUGGAAGAAACAAGCAGUGAAAUACCAUCUACAAUAUCCCUAGCAACAGAAUCGAUGAAAUUAACGAGUUCAACAGAUGGAAAUUCGUUUCCGGUGCAUACAGAUGGAAAAACUACUGUCAGUAUUAUCAAAAUACCAGAAGAUUUAGAAGAAAAAUCAAGUAUUGGAACAGUUUCAACGAUAUCUUCGAAUUCGGUAUCGUUAUCAACGAAAAGAGAAACUGCUAUCGAUGAUAUUGGAAUAACAGAAGAUAUAGAAGAUGAAGAAAACAAUGAAAAAGUAUCUACAAUAUUCCUAGCAACGGAAACGAUGAAAUUAUCGAGUUCAACAGAUGGAAAUUCGUUUCCAGUGCAUACAGAUGAAGAAACUACUGUCAGUAUUAUCAAAAUAACAGAAGAUUUAGAAGAAAAAUCAAGUAUUGGAACAGUUUCAACGAUAUCUUCGAAUUCGGUAUCGUUAUCAACGAAAAGAGAAACUGCUAUCGAUGAUAUUGGAAUAACAGAAGAUAUAGAAGAUGAAGAACAGAAUAAAAAAGCAUCUACAGUAUCCCCAGCAACGGAAACGAUGAAAUUAUCGAGUUCAACAGAUGGAAAUUCGUUUCCGGUGCAUACAGAUGGAAAAACUACUGUCAGUAUUAUCAAAAUAACAGAAGAUUUAGAAGAAAAAUCAAGUAUUGGAACAGUUUCAACGAUAUCUUCGAAUUCGGUAUCGGUAUCAACAGAAAAAGAAACAGUUAUCGAUGAUAUUGGAAUAACAGAAGAUAUAGAAGAUGAAGAAAACAAUGAAAAAGCAUCUACAGUAUCCCUAGCAACGGAAACGAUGAAAUUAUCGAGUUCAACAGAUGGAAAUUCGUUUACAGUAGAUACAGAUGGAAAAACUACUGUCAGUAUUAUCAAAAUACCAGAAGAUUUAGAAGAAAAAUCAAGUAUUGGAACAGUUUCAACGAUAUCUUCGAAUUCGGUAUCGUUAUCAACGAAAAGAGAAACUGCUAUCGAUUAUAUUGGAAUAACAGAAGAUAUAGAAGAUGAAGAAAACAAUGAAAAAGCAUCUACAGUAUCCCUAGCAACAGAAACGAUGAAAUUAUCGAGUUCAACAGAUGGAAAUUCAUUUACAGUAGAUACAGAUGGAAAAACUACUGUCAGUAUUAUCAAAAUACCAGAAGAUUUAGAAGAAAAAUCAAGUAUUGGAACAGUUUCAACGAUAUCUUCGAAUUCGGUAUCGUUAUCAACGAAAAGAGAAACUGCUAUCGAUGAUAAUAAAAUAACAGAAGAUAUAGAAGAUGAAGAAAACAAUGAAAAAGCAUCUACAGUAUCCCUAGCAACGGAAACGAUGAAAUUAUCGAGUUCAACAGAUGGAAAUUCGUUUACAGUAGAUACAGAUGGAAAAACUACUGUCAGUAUUAUCAAAAUACCAGAAGAUUUAGAAGAAAAAUCAAGUAUUGGAACAGUUUCAACGAUAUCUUCGAAUUCGGUAUCGUUAUCAACGAAAAGAGAAACUGCUAUCGAUUAUAUUGGAAUAACAGAAGAUAUAGAAGAUGAAGAAAACAAUGAAAAAGCAUCUACAGUAUCCCUAGCAACAGAAACGAUGAAAUUAUCGAGUUCAACAGAUGGAAAUUCAUUUACAGUAGAUACAGAUGGAAAAACUACUGUCAGUAUUAUCAAAAUACCAGAAGAUUUAGAAGAAAAAUCAAGUAUUGGAACAGUUUCAACGAUAUCUUCGAAUUCGGUAUCGUUAUCAACGAAAAGAGAAACUGCUAUCGAUGAUAUUGGAAUAACAGAAGAUAUAGAAGAUGAAGAACAGAAUAAAAAAGCAUCUACAGUAUCCCCAGCAACGGAAACGAUGAAAUUAUCGAGUUCAACAGAUGGAAAUUCGUUUCCAGUGCAUACAGAUGAAGAAACUACUGUCAGUAUUAUCAAAAUAACAGAAGAUUUAGAAGAAAAAACGAACAGUGAUGCAGUAUCUACAAAAACAGAAGCUACACUAAAAAAGACAGAAACUAUUGAUAGUUUUAUGGAAAUACCAGAGGAAUUACAUCAAAGAACAAGCUCCAAAUUAUCAAAAUCAACAACAACUACUCCCACUGUUGCAAAAACAUCAGAAGAAGUACAAGAAGAAACCAGCACUGAAUUAGUAUCUACAGAAUCCCCCAAAACAACAGCUACGUCAAACGUAACCACUACGAGUGUUACGAAAAUACCAGAAGGAUUAGAAAAAACGACAAGUAGUGAAUCUAUUGAAACUACUAUAAGAGAAGAGAAACAAGAAGAAAUAAGUAGCGGAUGGUCAAAAUCUACGUCUGAAGCUAUACCAAAAUUAUCGUAUUCAACAGAAUCGAAUAGAAGAAAGGAACUAACAGAAAUAACUAUAAAUAUCAAAGAUACGAUUAUAGAAACUAAAGAAACAGACGCAACAAUUAUUAAUAUCGAAACAACAAAAGAAAAACUGAAAGAAGAAUCAGAAGUAACAAGUACGAGUACGAUAGAAAUAUCAACUGAAGGAUUUAGCGAUAACGAUGUUAAAGAAAAAACGGAGGAGCUGGAAAAGCUACCGAGUAGCGUUCCGGAAACUAAACAUACCGGACUAGUCGAAGAAGUAGAUACAGACGAAAGUACUACCGAUAAAAAUACAGAUACCACAGAUAUCGGUAUCACCAACGAUAAAACCGAAUCGAUUUCCGGGAUAAACAAAAAUACAAUUACUACAGACACAAAAUUUAGAAAGGGAUUAGAAAUAUUGGAUAUAAUCAAAAAAAUAAUCCACAAUCUGCGAAGAAUGACGCUUGGAACAACGAAAAAGAUAAAAGACGUUUCGGAAGGAAUUAACGACGAUGUAGAAGAUAUAAAAACGACAAGAGACGAAACUACAGAUGUUAAUGAAGUUACUACUCCGAAGGAAAUUUCAAUUACAAAGAUCAUAGAUAAAGAGGGUAGCGGUGGAGGAACUAUUACAGAUGACGAAGAUAACGGCGACGACGAUGACGAUUACGGAUAUUACAGUGGAAAUGGUGACAACGAUAAAGGGGAUAAUGCACCCAAUAGACCAGAACUACCAUCAGAAGACGAUAAACGCGUUACCAAACUUCCCAUAAAAGCCGAAGAUGAAGACGAUAAAAACGACGAAGACAAUUAUAAUUAUGGCGAUGAAGAUGAUUACGGAGAAAACGACGAUUACGAUGAUGAUUAUAACGAUGAUAAUUACGAUGAUUACGAAUCGAAAGAAAAUGACGAAACCGAUAAUGAUAACGAAAAAAUCUGAGAAAUAAAUUACGUUUUGUGUAUGUAAUUAGAUGUUAAUUUAAUUUUUUUUUUUUUAAAUAUAUUU